CGGACAGACGAUCUGACGUUUAUAACGUACAAAUACGUCACUGAUAGUAUGACGUCGCUAGCGACGCGUAAAUAACGUUGUUUCUAUGAAGAAAGCGGCAGUUUGAAAAGUUAUCAAUUUCAAGACCGGCGUUGAUUAAUAGAAAAAAAAAUAAAAACAAAAAAAAAUGUAUAAUAAAAAUGGAUAAAUCGUUAGAUAAAGGUCCAACCGCGGCAGAUUUCGAGGAACUGACCAUUCUUCUGCAGAACAGAGCUUUCGUGGAUUAUCUCAAUAUUUUCCUUUGUCUGCAUGUUUUUGGUCAGCACGUUCUCUAUAACUUCUUAGAACUGGAAUUUGAGUUCGAGCCUCCGAUUAAAAACAGACGACAUCUUUACAUGGACAAAAGGGAAGUUUUGAGAUGGCUGUGUGUAGCAGAAAGAAUGCCAAAAUUCAAGAAAUCUGGAUUAUACACGGAAUAUUGCUUAUGCGUGCUCCUACUAGACUCAAAGUUCGAGCUUGCUGGUGUGAACCUUGAAAGUACGUAA